AUGAAAACAAUCGAUGUACUUUUAUAUAUUCCAAAUCUAAUCGACUAUUUUCGUAUAUGUCUUCUUGUUCUUGCUUGGUAUUAUUUUGACAAACCGAUUGUUUUCUUAACACUAUAUGCAACUCAAGCUCUACUUGAUGCUGUUGAUGGGUGGGCAGCUCGGAAAUUUAAUCAAGUAUCGAAAUUCGGUUCUUGGUUGGAUGUUAUCAUUGAUAAUAUUGGACGGGGAAUUAUAUGGACAAGAGUCUCAUCGAUCGGGAUUUUUAUUUCAUCUAUUGAAUGGAUUACAUUUUUAGCAUUAAACAGUCAUGGAUCUGAUUGGAAAUCAAAAUUAUCAUCUAAUAAUGAUCUCAUCAUUCGAAAUGUUAUGAAAAAUGGUUUUCAAACACCAUUUGGCUUCUUAACAAUUGUCCUUGGGAUGCAUGGAUUGCCAAUCAUCAUCUACACUAUUAAAUAUCGACUUUUAUUCGAUGCGUCUUCUUUUUUAUUGCAAAAUAUUAAGAUAAUAUGCAUCAUUGGACGAUUAUUCUCAUUAUAUUGUGAGAUAUAUGUUAUCUAUCUCUUUAUCACUGAAGAUUUACUCAAAUAA